AUGGGCAAGGAGAAGUGGGGAGGGACAGAGGUUCUGGAAGGAAAGGGCUCCAAGGGGGCAGGGGUGGGAGGGGCUGCUGCGUGGGUUUUGUCUCUGAAAGGUGAGUUGCGUGAGGAAGUGGACUGUGAGCAGACAAGUGAAGAGGUGAACCCGGCUGAGGAGGUGAGCCCGGCCGAGGAGGUCGGCCCGGGUGAGGAGGUGGGCCCAGCUGAGGCGGUGGGUCCGCCGGGUACCACCCCGGGCUCCUCGCUCGUCUCCCAGACUGCCGAGGCCGCGAGCGCCUCAGAAAAGAACCGCAUCAACCGUCGUGCAACUAUAUCCUGCCAACAUCUGUCCGGGGUCCCCAAGGUCCCAAGCUCCCCAAGCUCCCCCGGACCGGGGCGCAGGCGCAAGCCCCGGCGGGCGGGCCCUGAGCCUGCGCCUCCUUCAAGUCACCGCCCCGCCCCGCCCCAUCCGCCGCCUGCGGAGCUAACACCAGCCCGCGGCCGCUCGGAGCGCAGAGCAGCCGCCGCUCAGAGCGCAGAGGAGCCGCCGCCCGCUUCCCGUCCCGCGCCGUCCGCGUCCCGCGCCGCCGCCAUGGCCAGCGAAGAACUAGCGCGCAAGCUGCAGCGCCAGCUGCGCCGGUCCGCCCGGGUGCGGGCCGCCAUCGCCGCCGCUGAGCUCCGCUCGCAGCUGAACCGACCGCUGGACAUCCAGGAGGGCGCGGCGCGGCCCCGUCGCUACAGAGUUUUCAACCCCUACACCGAGUUCCCCGAGUUCAGCCGCCGUCUCAUCAAGGACCUGGAGAGCAUGUUCAAGCGGUACGACGCCGGGCAGGAUGGCUACAUCGACCUGAUGGAACUGAAGCUGAUGAUGGAGAAGCUGGGGGCCCCUCAGACCCACCUGGGACUCAAGGGCAUGAUCAGGGAGGUGGAUGAGGACUUUGACGGCAAACUCAGCUUCAGAGAGUUCCUGCUCAUAUUCCACAAGGCGCGUGCCGGCAAGCUGGAGGCAGACAGCGGGCUGAUGGCGCUGGCCAAACUCUCGGAGAUUAACGUUGCCCAGCAGGGCGUCAGGGGUGCCAAGGUCUUCUUCGAAGCCAAGGUCCAAGCCUUGUCAUCCGCCAGUAGGUUUGAAGCUGAAUUGAAAGCUGAGCAGGAGCAGCGGAAGCGCGAGGAGCAGGAGAGGCAGCUCCGUAGAGCGGCGUUCCGGGAGCUCAAAGCUACUUUCAGUAGGACCUAG